AUACUCAACUAUAGCAGAAAAGUUCUUUCCAAUAGCAGAAAAGUUCUUGGGUGGCUGGGUGGAGUGGGUGGCGAUAAAAGCACUUCAUUAUAUAUAUUAAAAACUCUAUCUUUUCCAAUUGGCUUCCGGUAUCGUUCAUAUCCUCCACCCGCACUUGGAUUUGCUGCAAAAAUCUGUCUUUUUCAGGCACCAAGAUUCUACCUUUUCCCCAUUGUAUCAGAUUUUGCUCUCUAUAAUCAGUUAAGCUUCAAGAAACAGUGAUGCCGAUUUCCGACGGAAAUUCUUCGGCUGGAGUGGUCGAGGUUUAUUCGUCUGCUGGGGAGAAUCGUGAGAAGAUCAUCAUCGACACUGACCCUGGAAUCGAUGAUACUGUGGCAAUACUGAUGGCGUUCCAGACACCGCAUUUGGAGAUACUAGGAUUGACAACGAUAUUUGGCAAUGUUACUACAGAAAAUGCAACGAGGAAUGCAUUACUUCUGUGUGAGGUUGCUGGACGUCCAGAUGUUCCAGUAGCAGAGGGUAGCCCCGAGGCACUAAAGAGGGGAAAGCCACGUAUUGCAGAUUUUGUUCACGGGGCAGAUGGGUUGGGUAACUUAAACGUACCGCCUCCAAAAUCCAAAAAAAUCGAGAAAUCAGCGUCUGAUUUUUUGGUUGAUAAAGUUUCGGAGUUUCCCGGUGAAGUAUCUAUACUUGCACUUGGACCGCUUACGAAUUUGGCUCUGGCUGUUAAGAAGGACUCGUCCUUUGCAAGCAAGGUGAAGAGGAUAGUAAUCCUUGGCGGUGCAUUUUUUGCCUUGGGAAAUGUUAAUCCUGCUGCUGAAGCCAAUAUCUAUGGGGACCCGGAAGCUGCAGAUAUCGUGUUCACCUCGGGCGCGAAUAUUGACGUCGUUGGCAUUGACAUUACAACACAACUUAAAAUGACAGAUGCUGAUCUUGAUGGAUUAAGGCAAUCCAAUGGUAGGCACGCCCGGUUCAUAUGCGACGCCUUCAAAUUUUACCGCGAUUGGCACGUGAAGUCUGAUGGCGUCUAUGGGAUUUUCCUGCACGACCCUGUCAGUUUCGUGGCAUUAGUCCGACCUGAUCUCUUCACGUUCAGGAAAGGGGUCGUGCGUGUUGAAACACAGGGCAUCUGCACGGGGCAUACGCUAAUGGAUCAAGGGCUUAAAAGAUGGAACACGAGCAACCCGUGGACAGGCUACUCUCCAGUUUCGGUUGCGUGGACAGUUAAUGUGGAUGAAAUUCUGAGUUACAUCAAGAACUUGUUAAUGAAACCAUAAUUUGAGUUUAACACUAUAAAGUGUUGUCAAUUGUGUAAAAUUAUUGUACUUUUUAUAGUCCUAAGUGUCUGUAUUUCUGCAAUUGUGAACAAAAAUGUUGUAUGUGUUGUUGUACUGGCCAAGUAAUUACGUUGCUUGUUCACACAUCUUAUUUGUGAAAAAACUGAAAAUACAAUAAAACCCGUGUCUACAUAAGAUACAAUUUCACAAAAUAAUUAUGGAGUAUUUAUUUU